AUGAAGCUUUUGGACAAAACAAUCGCCCUCGAAAAGGAUAAGAGUGGCUCCCUUUCGCUUAUUCCUCAGGAUAAGGAAGACUUGUGGCAGCUAUACAACCUCAUCCAGAAGGGAGAUGUGGUUGAUCUCUCCACAUUGAGAAAUGUCAAGAAAACCGAAGGAGGAAAGGCUGAACGAGUACAUGUCAGAUUGAAGUUGGCAGUUGAAAGUGUCGACUAUGCUCCCAGUGAUGAAACCAUGCGUAUCAGAGGCAAAACCACCGAACAGAACGAGUAUGUUCCCAACCAGAGCUACCAUACUGCCGAGGUACAACUCAAUAAGAAAAUCACCAUCAACAAGCCUGAGUGGGACGACAUUAGUUAUGGCAUUGUGAUCGAGGCAUCUUCGAUCGAGAAGAAAGCAGAAGUAGGUGCUGUUGUGUUGGAGGAGGGUGUGGCCCACUUGUGUUUGGUGACAGACACCAUGACUGUUCUCAGAAAUAAAAUUGAAAAAUCUAUUCCUAGAAAGAGCAGGGGAGACGGAGGUGGCAGUGCACACGACAAGUCGAUGGACAAGUUUCUCUCAAUGGUCCUGGCGACCGUGACUCGUAACUUUGACUUGGAGAAGUUGAAGGUGGUGAUUCUUGCUUCUCCAGGAUUUACUGCCGGCUCAUUGCUCAAGACCAUAUUGGAUGAUGCUGUUAAGGAAGAUAACAAGUCAGUGAUCAAAAACAAGUCCAAGUUCUUGGUGGUGCACUCAUCUACAGGCUAUCUCCAAGGUUUGGAGGAAGUCUUGAAGGAUCCUACUGUCCAGCGGAGCUUGAACGAUACAAAGUUUGCCAGAGAGGCAGCAGUAUUUGAAGAGUUCCAGAAAGUAUUGAAUGAAGACGAUGACAGAGCCUGGUACGGACCAAAAGAGGUCGCCAAGGCCGUGGAAUUAGGAGCAGUCAAGUACUUGUUGCUCACGGAUUCUCUCUUCAGAAGUGAUGACAUUGCGGUGAGAAAGCACUACAUUGCAUUAAGUAACCAGACAAAGGAACAAGGUGGAGAAGUGUUUAUUUUCUCGACACUACACGAAUCUGGUGAACAAUUGGACCAGUUGACUGGAUCUGCUGUAUUGUUGAAGUAUCCUAUGGAUCUUGAUGAGGAUGAGGAUGAAGAUGACGAAUAG